AUUGUGUGUUGAUCAUCUAAGAAACAUGGCAUCUUUUGCAACCAUCGCCGCUGUUCAACCAUCCUCCGCCGUGAAAGGUCUCGGAGGAAGCUCUCUCACCGGAGCAAAGCUCUUCAUCAAGCCUUCUCGCCAAAGCUUCAGACCCAAAUCCACAAGAGCUGGUGCCGUGGUGGCCAAGUAUGGAGACAAAAGUGUUUACUUUGAUUUAGAAGAUUUGGGUAACACAACAGGACAAUGGGAUUUGUAUGGAUCUGAUGCUCCAUCUCCCUACAACCCACUUCAGAGCAAGUUCUUUGAGACAUUUGCUGCUCCUUUCACAAAGAGAGGUUUGCUUCUCAAGUUUUUGAUUCUUGGAGGAGGCUCUUUGCUUACUUAUGUCAGUGCUUCCUCCACCGGCGAAGUUCUUCCUAUCAAGAGAGGUCCUCAAGAGAAGCCUAAGCUCGGCCCUCGUGGCAAGCUUUAAAUUAGCUUUCUAAAUCCCUUGAAAACAUCAGAAACUUUCUUCCCAAGUCUCUGAACUCCUGUUGUUACUGAUCUAUGUAUAUUGUCUUGUGUUAAUUGCUUUGCAUUAUCAAUGAAAGAAUUGCAUUUCAAGUCUGCUACAACACAAUGGUGCUCUCUUCUUUUUUUAUCAUUUGAAUCAUGGACAUCAAAUUGCAUUUCAAACCUAAUUUUACAAGAUUUGUUUUCAAGAGUAUCUUGCCGUUGGACUCCUCAUAGUUCCAAGAUUAUCAAGAUAAGAACUCUUUUUGUUAGUUGUCAUAAUACCUGUGACUUUAGACAACAAUGGUUUCUCUUUAUCUCCUCCAAAAAAGCUUUCUUUCUUCACUUCAUUGUUUUUGUUACCCCAUUGCAUAACAUCUGAAAGUGAUGUCCCUGAAAGCCUUUCCUCUGAGAAGCUAAUUCUUUCCUCCUUUGGUUUCUC